GGAAGAAUUUCUAAAAAUGAAGGCUGAUUCGUCCAUGAAAGAUGACUUCCAUUUUUUUUUUUUUUUAUACUCCAACUACCACGAAGGCCUAAGGCCUAAGCACUUAUUGGGUACCGUGGGGCUAUAGGGGGAUACAUGGGAAAAGGGGGGACGCCACACGGACUCUGGCGAGGGAACACGUGUGCAUGCAACAUGCACACAUACUGGCUCCGCCUACGAGAACCGCCGGGUGGUACCUCCGCGUUCGACCGUCAGAGACCAUCUACCACCUACGGACAAUCACAACAUCCAUAGCCAAGAGAAAGAGCGCACGGCGACUGAUCAGGAGACCG